AUGGCUGCUGGAGUCGCAGCCUGGCUGCCCUUUGCCAGGGCAGCCGCCAUCGGCUGGAUGCCCGUGGCCAACUGCCCCAUGCCCCUGGCCCCAGCCGACAAGAACAAGAGGCAGGACGAGCUGAUCAUCCUCAACGUGAGUGGGCGCAGGUUCCAGACGUGGCGGACCACCCUGGAGCGCUACCCCGACACGCUGUUGGGCAGCACCGAGAAGGAAUUCUUUUUCAACGAGGACACCAAGGAGUAUUUCUUUGACCGAGACCCCGAGGUAUUCCGCUGCGUCCUCAACUUCUACCGCACGGGGAAGCUGCAUUACCCCCGCUACGAGUGCAUCUCCGCCUACGACGACGAGCUGGCUUUCUACGGCAUCCUUCCCGAGAUCAUCGGCGACUGCUGUUACGAAGAGUACAAGGACCGCAAGCGGGAGAACGCCGAGCGGCUCAUGGACGACAAUGACUCUGAGAACAACCAGGAGUCCUUGCCGUCGCUCAGCUUCCGUCAGACCAUGUGGCGCGCCUUCGAGAACCCGCACACAAGCACGCUGGCCUUGGUCUUCUACUACGUCACGGGCUUCUUCAUCGCGGUCUCCGUCAUCACGAACGUGGUGGAGACGGUGCCCUGCGGCACGGUGCCCGGGAACAAGGAGCUGCCGUGCGGCGAGCGUUACGCGGUGGCCUUCUUCUGUCUGGACACGGCCUGCGUCAUGAUCUUUACCGUCGAGUACCUGCUAAGGCUCUUUGCGGCGCCGAGCCGCUACCGCUUUAUCCGGAGCGUGAUGAGCAUCAUUGAUGUGGUGGCCAUCAUGCCCUACUACAUCGGCCUCGUGAUGACCGACAACGAGGACGUGUCUGGCGCUUUCGUCACGCUCCGGGUGUUCCGAGUCUUCAGGAUUUUCAAGUUCUCCCGACACUCCCAGGGCUUGCGAAUCUUGGGUUAUACGCUUAAAAGUUGUGCGUCAGAGCUGGGCUUCCUCCUCUUUUCCCUCACCAUGGCCAUCAUUAUCUUUGCCACUGUGAUGUUUUAUGCCGAGAAGGGCUCUUCUGCCAGCAAAUUCACAAGCAUCCCAGCUUCCUUUUGGUAUACCAUUGUCACCAUGACUACAUUGGGGACAGGAAACAUGGUGCCAGCCACCCUGGCUGGCUCUGUGUUCAAAAGUUGUUGUUCAGUUGCUUCAGUUGAAUCCAUUGCUCUCCCCGUCCUAGAGAAUAUAAGCUCCUUUAGAAGACUGUACCAUCAGUUUCAGUUAAGUGAUAAGUACAGAAGCCAAAAGAAAGCCCGCCUUGCCAGGAUCCGUGUGGCCAAGACUGGAAGUUCCAAUGCCUACCUGCACAGCAAGAGGAAUGGUCUUCUCAAUGAAGCCCUGGAGCUGACAGGUUCCCCAGAGGAUGAGCAUAUGACCAAGACCACAUCACUCAUUGAGAGCCAGCAUCACCACCUGCUGCACUGCCUGGAGAAAACGACUGGGUUGUCCUAUCUUGUGGAUGAUCCCCUGUUAUCUGUACGAACUUCCACCAUCAAGAACCAUGAGUUUAUCGAUGAGCAAAUGUUUGAGCAGAACUGCAUGGAGAGCUCAAUGCAGAACUACCCGUCCACAAGAAGCCCUUCACUGUCCAGCCACCCGGGUCUAACCACCUCCUGCUGCUCCCGUCGAAGCAAGAAGACCACCCACCUGCCCAAUUCCAACCUGCCUGCCACCCGCCUGAGGAGCAUGCAAGAGCUCAGUACCAUCCACAUCCAGGGCAGUGAACAGCCCUCACUCACUACCAGUCGUUCCAGCCUUAAUUUGAAAGCGGAUGAUGGACUGAGACCCAACUGCAAAGGAUCCCAGAUCACCACAGCCAUCAUCAGCAUCCCCACUCCCCCAGCGCUGACCCCGGAGGGGGAGAGCCGACCGCCGCCAUGUAGCCCUGGCCCCACCACGAACAUUCCCCCCGUAGGCAGCAACAUCGUCAAGGUCUCCGCCUUGUAA